AUGGUCGAUCUGUUGCAAUGCAGCAGCGUUCACGGUCUUCACGUACUCCUCUUCCUCUUCUAUAUCCUCCUCCUCCUCCUCCUCGCAUCUUCCAUGGAGGAGGUAGCCUUCUCAGAUGCCAACACCGGCGUCACCGACAAGGUAAUGGCCGCUAACAAGAAGGAGGCAGCAAGAAUAAAAUGGGAGAGGGAGACGGAAGGGCGGCGGUCUCUGAUCGGAUCGAGGCCCCCGAGAUGCGAGCGGGUGUGCACGUCCUGCGGCCACUGCGAGGCGGUGCAGGUGCCCAUCGUACCACAGGAGGAGAAGACGAGAGCUGCCACGGCUGUCACCCUCGCCGCCGCCAUGUUCACCAACAGGGUGGACGGCAUCACCAGCUACAAGCCGCUCAGCUGGAAGUGCAGGUGCGGAGGCACCAUCCUGGAUCCAUGA